AACAACAACAUAACCUUAAUGUAACUCUUGUUUUGUUACAUUCUAUUAUGUUUUACAAGUGCCUUUUUCUUCAUUAAAUUAUUUUCAAACAAACAAUAAAACAAUGAAAAACACCUUUGUAUUGACAAUACUUAUAAAUUUGAGUGGAAUUUUAACAGAAAUAGAUCAACAAAACAUAAAUAAUGUGGAGGUGAAAGUAAACAAAUGUUGCGAGAAGGACGAAAUUUACAUCGGCAAAAGUUGUACCAAAGUGAAUUCAACAUUAAGAUGGAAACCUUUAUUCACUUCAGAAAUGGAACAAACCAACUUGCAAGUCAAUUACCAGUUGAUAACUGGUCUACCAGAUUGUGGCAAAACACAACCAUGGCCCAUUUACCAUUAUCAAAAUUCGACGGACAUUUUACGCUUAUUGCCAAACGGAGUUCUACGACAUUAUUAUGAUCACAAAAUUCCAGGUGAAGAAAUGGAACUAUUAGAAAUGAUAUCGAAAGGAAAGGACAUAAUCUAUCAUGACUAUGAACCAGGAAAAUACUGUUUAGAUAAUAAAAUAGAAGAAACAUUUCGUUCAGAAUUUUCAUAUGUUUGUGCCCCAAAUCCAAAAGAAGACUGGUACAAGUCGUCAAAUUUUCUGAUGAGAAACGUUGUUAACCCUACAACUCAUUUAAUUAAUUUAAUCUGUUUGAUUGUCAUAUCAAUCAUUUAUUUCAUUAUGCCCACAUUAAGGGAUCUAAAUGGCAAUAUUUUAACCACAAUUUGUUUAUGUCUGAUUGUUAAUCAAAGUUGUGAUUUGAUCAGAUUGUUGACUGUUUUCAAAAGUCACAUCAGUUUAUUAAUCACAGAGGCAGCUUGUUAUUUCAGCUUGUUAGCGUCGUUCUUAUGGUUGAACAGCUUGGGUUUCUACAUUUGGAAAACGUUCAAAUCGAGAAACGUAUUUUUACGAAUAACUGAUGGUAAAAAAUACCUGUAUUAUUCGUUUUACGUUUGGGGUUUGACAGUAACUUUGGGAACAUUAGCAAUUUUCGCACAUUUCACGAUGGAUUAUCAAGAAAUCAACAACAAUUUACCGUUUGAAAAACAACAAGAACAAAUCGGAUCGUUAGGAAUGAUUAUAUUUUUUGUUCCUGUCGCCUUUACAAUUUUAAUCGAUGUAUUUUUCUUCGCCACCACCUUGAAAACCAUAAACAAAAUGCACACAUAUGGAAGAAUUCAUCACAAACUAAGACACAGUUUUAGGAUGUUUUUACUUCUAUUAAUAACAAUGACGUUUUCCUGGUUGUUUUUUGUUGCCUCGUUUUCCAAAUACGCGGGUCUGAUCAACGUUCAUAUAAUUUCAAACAUGUUUUUGGGGCCAAUUUUCGUUUUCAUAUGUAUUUUUAAUCAAAAACACGUUGCUUAUCUAUUGAAGAAAAGCAAUGUUUGUUGUUGUUGUUGUUGUUGUUACUGUUGUAAACACGAUCAAGAACGUGAACAAGAAUUCGGCGACGAAAUGACUGCGAUGAAUUCGAACCAUGACUAUUGGAAUUGA